AUGUUGCCCUCGGGUUACCGAAGCUUCCGGUCCAGCGAUCGUGGCGAUACCGCAUUUCGACAGCAGCGACUGAAGGCAUGGCAGCCUAUUCUUACUCCGAAGACGGUUCUUCCUCUCUUCUUCACGAUUGGCAUAAUAUUUGCCCCGAUUGGAGGCUUGCUGCUCUAUGCUAGCGCGCAGGUUCAAGAGAUUGAAAUCGACUACACAAAUUGCAAAGCCAAGGCCCCCGAAAUCGAUAGCGUCGGAGAAGAAAAGGACAGCUCCGUCAAGGCUAUGUGGGCCCAGGUCCCUGGCGUUGAUGGCGUCAACUUUGGCCGUGGCCAACCGGUCAAUAAUGUGACGCAGUGCCGCCUGGGCGAUGACGAACCUGUUCCCUACCUCAUGGAUAACAACACCGAUAUCGCCUGGGGAUCGGACAAGGAGCUAUACGGCGAAACAAAGUACAAGACCGACGAGAUCUGGCCGCCCCCGAACUGGCGUGAGCUAUGGCCCGACGGCUACACCGAUGAAUUCCCCGCCAGACGUCUUCCUGCCUUCAGCAAGCUGUACCAACGCAACAACGAAAAUGCCAUGCUUGCUGGUACAUACCGAGUCGUUAUCAAUGAUGUGUUCCCCACCGAUAUCUAUAAGGGCACCAAGUCCAUGGUCAUCUCCACUCGUACCGUUAUGGGAGGCCGCAACUCCUUCUUGGGAAUUGCCUACGUCGUCGUCGGUGGAAUGUGCAUUCUUCUUGGAACAGUUUUCACCAUCACUCACCUCAUCAAGCCAAGGAAAUUGGGUGACCAUACGUACCUGUCCUGGAACAACGCCCCAAGCACUGGCAAACAGGCCGGACCUUCCACCGCCACCGCCUCCGGUCGAGACCUUGGCCGGGCCGAGGCCUAG